AUGGGGACCCGCUCUCGGGACAGCUCCGGGUCCCUUCCGAGCCGCAGGCCGCGGAGCACAGGGAGAAGGCUGCUUCAGGAGAAGACAUUGCUGUUGUGUCAGGCCCCAGAGGUAUGUGGUGCUCUCAAUGUCACUGUGACCCCAGGACCUGUGGUUGACUACUUGGAAGGGGAAAAUGCCACUCUCCUCUGCCAUGUCUCCCAGAAGAGACGGAAGGACAGCUUGCUGGCUGUGCGCUGGUUCUUUGCCCCUGAUGGCUCCCAGGAGGCCUUAAUGGUGAAGAUGACCAAGCUUCGGGUGAUUCAGUACUAUGGGAACUUCAGCCGUAUUGCCAACCAGCAGAGGCUGCGCCUGCGUGAGGAGCGUCGGGGAGUACUAUACAGGCUGUCUGUCCUGACACUCCGGCCAGCAGAUCAGGGGCAGUAUGUCUGCAAAGUACAAGAAAUCAGCAAGCACAGGAACAAGUGGACAGCCUGGUCCAAUGGCUCCUCAGCAACAGAAAUGAGAGUGAUUUCCCUCAAAGCUACUGAAGAUUCAUCAUUUGAGAAAAAGAAAGUGACAUGGGCAUUUUUUGAAGAUCUCUAUAUGUAUGCCGUCCUGGUGUGCUGCGUGGGGAUCCUCAGUGUUCUACUCUUCACCCUGGUCAUCGCCUGGCAGUCUGUGUUUCACAAGAGGAAAUCCAGAGCAAGACAUUAUUUGGUGAAAUGCCCUCAGAACAGCUCUGGGGAGACUGUCACCAGUGUGACCAGCUUGGCCCCGCUGCAUCCACAGAAGGGCAAGAGGCAGAAGGAGAAGGUAGAUGUCCCACCUGCAGUCCCUGCCAAAGCUCCAAUAGUCACCACAUUCCACAAACCAAAGCUGCUGAAACCACAGAGGAAAGUCGCCUUGCCAAAGAUCACUGAGGAAAACUUGACCUAUGCCGAGCUAGAGCUGAUCAAACCACCCCGUGCUGCCAAAGGUGUCCCCAGCAGCACCGUGUACGCACAGAUCCUCUUCGAGGAGAACCAGCUGUAGUGACACCUCUCCUCUGGCUGUCACCUGAGCUCCCACAUAUUUAUGAAAGAAAGGUCCUAUUUUUGUAUUUUCACUUGUGCCUUCAGUGUGGUGGGGAGCCCCGUCCCAUGGCAUUCAAAACGGUACACACUCUCCAGGAAAGAGGGGGCACAGCCUUUGGCCAUGUCUCCUCAGACAAGAGGUCCCUGACCUGAUCCUGAGGUGCAGGGACUCUGUUCCUGAGAGCAUCUGCUGAGCCAACCCUUAUCACCUUCUUCUCUUCUCCUGAGUCUUAAUUUGCUGAAAAUCAAGCUAAAUCUUAAUUUUAGUCUACCACCCUCACUGUGCCUGAGACAUCGAGCACCCAGUUUAUAACCACAGGAAAUGCCUGCAGAGGUCACAAAGAGAGGUGGGCUAUAUGGACUCACUGGUUCUGAGGCUUGGAUGGUAUUGCUGGGACACCCAGAGCUCAGCAAGCCCCUGAGGGUAAUGGCAAGCAGCUGCUUAUGAUGGCAUCCGUUGUUUUGAAUAGAUGCUCUGAAGCUGGCCAUUGGAAAGUGCUUGUCCCCUUUGGUGAAAUGGACCAGGACUGACAGGAAAACAUACUGUUCACUCUUUUCCAAAGACUCUAGUGUGGUGCCAGUGGGUACAUCACAUGAGAGAGUAAACUGUGCCAAACUCAGUCAGCUCCCACUCGGGGGAGAGCAGAGCCUCUCACUGUCCCCUCUGAAUAGAAGCAGAAGUACAAGCCAUGCAGGAAAGCUAUGCCCAGGAAGACUCAACAAUUGGCAAGUGUUUUGUCCAUCUCAGCUUUGGAUGUGAACUGUAAUGGUCUUGUGUACAUGUCAGGGACCUUGGGACAUAAGUCCAUGGGGAAGUUUCUCUGAAGACCUAAACAAUGUACAGAAAUGUUGGACUUUAUGGAAGUAGAUUCACUCUGCAAAAGUCAUCUUGAUAUCAGGAUGCUUUUUGAUGUAGGUGUACUCUGGUGGCCAUUUGCUAUACUCUGUAAACAUUGUUUGGCUAUGUAAUUUACAUGUAUAUAUGAUAAAUUAUCUAUUUUAAACACA